ACAACUACCAUAUUAAUCAUGCACUGAAACACGCGUUCUUCUUCGUAGUCUAUUUGCACCGGAAGUGCUGUUCCACAGUGCACAAGUUAUCAAAUUUCGCUUCAUUUGGGACGGUGAUAUUUUGCGGCAUCUCAACUGUGUAUUUCUAAGACGAGGACAAAAUGACGGAGGUUCAGCCUCGAGAGAUUAAAAUCCUCGAGACUGCGGAGGACAUCCAGACACGGCGAGAUGAAGUCCUCAACCGCUACUCCCAUUUCAAAGAAACCUGCCAGGACCGGCGUCGUAAACUUGAGGACUCCAGGAGGUACCAGUACUUCAAACGGGAUGCAGAUGAGUUGGAAAGCUGGAUUUAUGAGAAGCUGCAAACUGCGUCAGAUGAAAGCUAUAAAGAUCCUACUAAUUUACAGGCCAAGAUUCAGAAACACCAAGCAUUUGAGGCAGAAGUGGCUGCCCAUGCAAAUGCUAUUGUUGUAUUGGACAACACUGGAACAGAAAUGAUCAACCAGGAGCACUUUGCCUCCGUCACCAUCAGAGAACGCUUAGAUGAGCUCCACCGUCUGUGGGAACUGCUGUUGUCCAAGCUCAGAGAGAAGGGUCUGAAGCUGAAACAAGCUCUGAGACUUGUUCAGUUCAUGAGGGAAUGUGAUGAGGUCAUGUUCUGGAUCAAUGAUAAAGAAGCUUUCGUGACCUCAGAGGAAUUUGGUCAGGAUCUGGAACAUGUGGAGGUUCUGCAGAAAAAGUUUGAUGAAUUCCAGAAGGAUUUACAAAAUCACGAGGAUCGCGUGACUGAGGUGAAUACGCUGGCGGAACAGCUGAUUGAAGAUGAACAUCCAGAGGAAGCUACGAUUAGACAAAGACAAAGUGAUGUUAAUGAAGCUUGGGAAAGAUUGAAAAAUCUAUCUCUGUUGAGACAAGAGAGGUUGUUUGGAGCACAUGAAAUUCAGAGAUUUAACAGGGAUGCUGAUGAGACGAUCGCUUGGAUCAUGGAGAAGGACGCCAUCUUAUCGACAGAUGACUACGGUAGAGAUUUGGCGAGUGUGCAGGCCUUGCAACGUAAACAUGAGGGAGUGGAGAGAGAUCUGGCUGCCCUGGAGGAAAAGGUCCAUGCUUUGAGUAAAGAAGCCGAGAGAUUGGAAGACAUUCACAAAGAGCAGGCCCCUCAGAUCAAUGCCAAGCAGACUGAGAUCGUAGACAACUGGCAGAAGCUGAAGAACAAAGGCACAUCAAGGAAGGCCCAUCUGGAUGAUUCUUACUAUCUCCACCGAUUCCUGGCGGACUUCCGUGACCUGGUAUCCUGGGUCCAUGACAUGAAGAACAUUAUCUCUGCUGACGACCUUGCUAAGGAUGUGGCGGGAGCGGAGGCUCUGGUAGAAAGACACAAUGAGCACAAGGGAGAAAUUGAUGCCAGAGAGGACAGCUUUAAGGCCACAGAUCAGGCUGGACAAAGACUGGUCAAUGCCAACCACUAUGCUGCCGAUGAAGUCAGAGACAAGUUGGUGAUCCUUUCGAAGGAGAAGUCGAGUCUUCUUGAGCUGUGGGAGGAGAGAAAGAUUCUGUACGAGCAGUGUAUGGACCUCCAGCUCUUCUACAGGGACAUGGAGCAUGCUGAUGCCUGGAUGACCAAACAGGAGGCAUUCUUAGCAAACACUGACUUGGGAGAUUCCUUGGAUAGUGUUGAAGCUCUGAUCAAGAAACAUGAGGACUUUGAGAAGUCACUAGCAGCACAAGAGGAAAAGAUCAAGAUGCUGGAUGACUUUGCCACUAAGCUGAUUGAGAGUGAGCACUACGCUUAUGAUGACGUUGCUGCCAAGCGAGACCAGCUGCUACAGAGACGGAAUGUCCUUUAUGAGACAUCAGCCAAUCGUAGACAGCUUCUGGAAGAGUCUUACAAAUUCCAAACGUUCGAGCGAGACUGUGAUGAAACCAAGAGCUGGAUUAAUGAGAAACUCAAGACUGCUUCAGAUGAAAGCUAUCUGGACCCAACCAAUCUGCAAACUAAAGUACAGAAACACCAGAACUUUGAAGCUGAACUUGAGGCCAACAGAAAUCGCAUAGAGACCAUUCAAAAGACUGGGGAACAGCUGAUUCAAGAGAAUCACUACGCCUCGGAAACUAUUGGAGAAAGAGUGGAAGAAAUUGUCAAACUGUGGAACACCCUACUGUCUCAGACUGACAGAAAAGGAAAUAAACUGAAGGAGGCGAGUCAGCAACAACAGUUCAACCGUAACAUUGAGGAUAUCGAGGUCUGGCUGGGAGAGAUCGAAGGGCAGUUUAUGUCUGAGGAUUAUGGCAAGCCUUUACAUCGACAUGACCUGACCAGUGUGCAGAAUCUCCAGAAGAAACAUGCUCUUCUAGAGGCAGAUGUCGGCGCCCAUCAGGACCGUAUUGAGAGUAUUGUCAUUCAGGCAGACCAGUUUGUCAGCUCUGGUCAUUUUGAUGCUGAUAAUAUAAAGUCCAAACAGGAACAAGUUGUCCAGAGAUAUGACUCGCUACAGGAGCCGAUGGUAGCCCGUAAACAGAAGCUGGCCGAUGCCCUGAAGCUUCAGCAGUUUCUCCGAGAUGUGGAGGACGAGGAGGACUGGAUCAGAGAGAAGGAGCCUAUAGCAGCCUCCACCAACAGAGGUCGUGACCUUAUUGGAGUACAAAAUCUGAUGAAGAAGCACCAAGCCCUUCAGGCAGAAAUUGCUGGGCAUGAACCUCGCAUCAACAAUGUCUGUACCCAUGGCAACAAAAUGACAGAUGAUGGACACUUUGCCAGUGAAGAAAUUCAGCAGAAGAUCGAGGAAAUUCAAGACAGAUGGCAGCAACUAAAAGACAAGGCGCUGCAGAGGAAGCAGGAUUUGGAGGACUCUCUCCAGGCCCAGCAGUACUUUGCCGAUGCUAAUGAGGCAGAGUCCUGGAUGAAGGAGAAGGAACCCAUUGCUGCCAACACCGACUAUGGAAAGGACGAGGACUCGGCUGAGGCCUUGCUAAAGAAACACGAUGCUUUUAUGUCGGACUUGGAGGCUUACAGAACUGUUAUUGAGGGACUACACGAUCAGGCUCAAGCCUGCAAGCAACAAGAAGCCCCAGUUGUGGAUGACCUUGGCACAGAGAAGGUCAUGGCCUUGUAUGACUACAGUGAAAAAUCACCCAGGGAAGUGUCUAUGAAGAAAGGGGAUGUUCUCACUCUUCUCAACAGCACUAACAAGGAUUGGUGGAAGGUUGAGGUAAAUGACAGACAGGGCUUUGUUCCUGCAGCCUACGUCAAAAAGUUGGACCCCAGUCUGUCUGCCAGUCGCAGCAACCUGAUGGACGAGUUCACCAUCUCUGUUCGCCAAAACCAAAUCGAGACCCAAGAUAAGAUAGAAAUGAUUGAAUACUUGGAACCAUUGUAUGCCAAUCUUCUGGACUUGGGAAAUCAGCGUCGUGAGAAACUGACAGAGUCCUGUAAAGCUUACCAGCUGGUGAGAGAGGCCGGGGAGCUGGCGUCAUGGAUCACAGAAAAAGAGAACACACUGGUGGGAGAAGAGGUGGGGGAGGAUCUGGAACAGGUGGAGGAGAUGCAGAAGAAAUUCGAUGAUUUCCAAAAGGAUCUGAAGGCCAAUGAGGCUCGUCUGCAGGAGUUGAACUCUAUCGCAGACAGACUGACCGCUAUGGGACGUACGGAGGCUGCUGAGAAAAUUCGAGAACAAAUUGCAACCUUGAACAACAGAUGGGAGAACCUUCAAGCUGUAACAGCAACUCGAGCUGAGUCCCUAGGAAGUGCUCAUGAGGUUCAGAGAUUCCACAGAGAUGUGGAUGAGACAAAGGACUGGAUUGAUGAGAAAGAUGAAGCCCUGAAUAGUGACAAUUACGGCCAUGAUUUGGCCAGUGUACAGGCAUUGCAGCGUAAACAUGAUGCACUGGAGCGUGACUUGUCGGCUCUGGGAGAAAAGGUCCGUGAUUUGGACGAAUCUGCCAAGCGUUUGAUGCAGACUCACCCUGACCAGGCAGAACAGAUCUAUGAACACCAGAGAGACAUAAAUGAACAAUGGAACACUCUAACUCAGAAGGCUGAUGCCAGAAAAGCAAAGCUCCUGGAUAGCUAUGAUCUACAAAGAUUCUUAAGUGACUACAGGGAUUUGACGUCUUGGAUCAACAGCAUGAUGACUUUGGUGUCUUCAGAUGAACUGGCCAAGGAUGUGACCGGCGCUGAGGCACUGCUCGAGAGGCACCAGGCAGUCGAAAUCGGCGCUAUACAGAGUUACUCCCCUUUACAGAUGUUUAGCUCAGAGAUAGUAAGUCACUAUGGCAUCACGCAGCUCCCAGGCGAGGAGGAGGGGCUUCCAGAGGAUGAGGAGCACCGUACUGAAAUAGAUGCUCGUUCAGGCACAUUCCAGGCCUUUGAGGUAUUUGGACAGAACCUUCUGCAAAAUGAACACUAUGCUAGUCCUGAUGUCAGGAAUAAAUUGGAGGAGCUGGCUAAAGCCAGGGAAGAACUGGAACAAGCAUGGAUUGCCAGAAGAAUGAAGCUAGACCAGUGUCUGGAGCUGCAGCUGUUUUACAGAGACUGUGAGCAGGCAGAGAGCUGGAUGCAGUCCCGUGAGGCCUUCCUGUCAGGUGACCAAGUGGAUGGAGAUAAUGUGGAGUCUCUGAUUAAAAAACAUGAGGACUUCGACAGAGCCAUCAGCAGUCAGCAAGAGAAGAUCCAAGCUUUACAGUCUUUUGCCGACCUCCUAAUCAACGGAGAGCACUACGACAGCGACGCUAUUCAUGACAAGAGGGACCAGGUCCUGGACCGCUGGUCUAAGCUGAAGGAGGCCCUCAUUGAUAAUAGAUCCAAACUGGGAGAGGCACAGACCCUCCAACAAUUCUCCAGGGAUGCCGACGAAAUGGAGAACUGGCUACAGGAGAAACUUCAAAUCGCCAUGGAUGAGUCAUACAAAGACCCGACAAAUAUCCAGAGUAAACACCAGAAACACCAAGCCUUUGAGGCCGAGCUGGCUGCCAAUGCUGACCGACUGCAGGCCUUACUGGCCACAGGACAGACCCUGAUUGACCAGAAGCAGUGUGCAGGGUCUGAGGAUGCUGUACAGGCCAGGCUGGAGAGCCUCGCCUCACAGUGGGAGACUCUGGUCGCCAAGUCUGCUGAGAAGAGUGACAAACUAAAGGAGGCCAAUCGCCAGCAGACGUACAAUGCUGGGGUGAAGGACAUGGAAUUCUGGCUGGGAGAGGUUGAACAAAUGCUUUCAUCAGAGGAGUAUGGAAAAGACCUGGCCUCUGUUCAGAAUCUGCUGAAGAAACACCAGCUGCUAGAGGCUGACAUUGCUGCUCAUGAGGAUCGUAUCAAAGACUUGAAUUGUCAGGCUGACCAGUUUGUGGAUGCCCAAGUUUGGGACGCUGAGAGUAUCGAAGUCAGGAAACGGACUAUUAAUGAGAGAUAUGACAAGAUUAAGGAACUGGCCAUUCAGCGUCGUACCAGGCUGAAUGAGGCCAACAAAAUGCACCAGUUCUUGAGAGACAUUGAUGAUGAAGAAGCCUGGAUCAAGGAGAAGAAGCUGUUGGUUGGAUCAGAUGACUAUGGCAGAGAGCUGACCAGCGUCCAGAAUCUUAGGAAGAAACAUAAACGGUUGGAGGCCGAGCUGACCACUCAUGAACCAGCCAUACAGGCCGUACAAGAGGUUGGGGCCAAGCUGAUUGAGGACUCUGAUAUCAACACUGCAGAUAUUACGGAUCGAUUGAAACAGCUGGCUGAGAGCUGGGAGGAACUCAAAGAAAUGACUGCAAACAGAGGUCAGAAGCUAGAGGAAUCUUAUGCCUACCAACAGUUCAGUGCUAAUGUGGAGGAAGAGGAAGCCUGGAUAGCAGAGAAGCAACACCUCCUGAGUGGCGGUGACUACGGCGACACCAUGGCAGCCGUGCAGGGACUGCUGAAGAAACACGAGGUCUUCGAGACGGACUUCCACAUCCAUAAGGAGAGAUGUAACGAGAUCAAGAAAGAAGGAGAGAAACUCAUUUCAGAGGGAAAUCACAACAAAGAUAGCAUUGAACAGAGAAUUAAGGGUCUCCAAGAGAAACUGGAGGCCCUGAACGACGCUGCCCGGAGACGGCAGGAUGGCCUGGUAGACAACUCUGCCUUCCUCCAGUUCCUGUGGAAGACGGACGUGGUGGAGAGCUGGAUCGCGGACAAAGAGACCCAAGUCCGCUCGGAUGAUUAUGGACGAGAUCUUUCCUCUGUUCAAACACUGCUUACCAAGCAGGAAACUUUCGAUGCUGGUCUUCAAGCUUUCGAGAAGGAAGGUAUUCAGACCAUCACUUCCCUGAAAGAUCAGCUGAUUCAGGCUCAACAUGCCCAGACUCCAGCCAUUCAGAAACGUUACAAUGACGUCAUGGAGCGCUGGCAAAAACUCCUCAAUGACUCAGAGGGCAGGAAACAGCGUCUGCUACGCCUUCAGGAUAAAUACAGGCAGAUCGAGGAUCUGUAUCUAACUUUCGCCAAGAAGGCAUCAGCAUUUAACAGCUGGUUUGAGAAUGCUGAGGAGGAUUUAACUGACACUGUCAGAUGCAACUCUGUGGAGGAAAUUAAGUACUUGAGGGAGAACCACGACCAGUUUAAGGCCUCUCUGAGUGCUGCCCAGGCAGACUUCAACCAGCUGGCAGCUCUGGACAAGCAGAUACAGAGCUUCCAAGUGGACAUCAACCCCUACACCUGGUUCACCAUGGAGGCCCUGGAGGACACCUGGAAAAACCUGCAGAAGAUCAUCAAGGAUAGAGAUGGGGAGCUGAGUCGAGAACAACAGCGACAGGAGGAGAACGAUCAGCUGAGGAAACAGUUUGCCCACGCAGCCAAUGCUUUCCACACCUGGCUCACGGAAACUAGAAUGUGGAUGUUGGAAGGAGCUGCUAUGAUGGAAGGUUCAGGAACACUGGAGGACCAACUGGAGGCUACCAAGCAAAAGGCUGCCGAGGUCCGCUCCCAGAAAGGCCAGUUAAAGAAGAUAGAAGACCUUGGUGCUACAAUGGAGGAGCGUCUCAUUUUGGAUAACAGGUACACUGAGCAUAGCACCGUGGGAUUAGCACAACAGUGGGAUCAGCUUGACCAGUUAGGAAUGAGGAUGCAGCACAAUCUGGAACAGCAGAUCCAGGCCAGAAAUCGCAGUGGUGUGUCCGAGGAUGCACUCCGCGAGUUCUCCAUGAUGUUCAAGCACUUUGACAAGGACAAGUCUGGUAAGCUGGAUCAUCAAGAGUUCAAGUCGUGUCUACGAGCUUUGGGGUAUGACCUUCCUGUUGUGGAGGAAGGUCAAGUGGACCCAGAAUUCCAGGCCAUUCUGGACAUGGUCGAUCCCAACAGGGAUGGCCAUGUGUCAUUGCAAGAGUACAUGGCCUUCAUGAUAAGUCGUGAGACAGAAAAUGUCCAGUCCAGCUCUGACGUGGAACAAGCCUUCCGAGCUCUAACUUCUGGAGACAAACCGUACAUAACGGCACAGGAACUCUACGCGAACUUGACCAAGGAACAGGCGGACUAUUGUAUAGCCAGGAUGAGGCCGUAUAUCGACAAGUCCGGCCGACCAAUUCCCGACAGUUACGACUUUGUAGACUUCACAAAGUCCAUGUUUGUUAAUUAGGAACAAUGAACUUUAACUCUUGUGCAAUUAACUCUGUCUUAGGUUGCUUGGUUUCAUAAUUUAGUCUUAUGAACUUCGAAUCUCCUAUUGAAAACCUAUUUGCUUUACAAAGAUUUUCAGAUAUAAUCAGAAUAGAUUCAAUAAAGGAUUUUAAUAAUAAAACAAAA